AAUGCUACACAGGCCUUCUAAUCCCGAAAGUCCCUAUUUCAGUCCCUAAUUUCCCAAAACACCGCCCUUAAUUUUCUCCAGAAGUUAAAACCCUACCCUACUAGGGUUUUGUUCUCACCAAUUUCAAUUUCAUAAUUUGAUAAUGGAAGAAGCAAAAGAGAGAGAGAAGCUGACACUGGUGACCCGAAAAUCCUGUUUCGGACUACCCACUUCUUGCCCCAAUUGUUUGCCCGUUUAUCUUUAUCUCAAAUUUUCCAAAACCCCAUUUGAUUUGGCUUUCAAUCUCAUUAACCCCGAUUCUGACCAAAUACCUUAUGUUGAAUCUGGUACAUACGUAGCCUACAACAAUGAGAAGGGUGGAGUUAUCCGCAGUUUAAUCGAAGACGGUUUCGUUGAUUUGGACUCCCAAGUCCGUGGUAUACCUGAAUGGAUAUCAGCAAAGGCUAUGGUUGAUUCAUGGCUUGCAGAUGCCAUCAUGUAUGAACUAUGGGUGGGUUCUGAUGGAAGUUCUGCAUGCAAAAUUUAUUACUCAGAUCUCCCAUGGCUACUUGGAAAAAUUUUGUACUUAAAGCAAGUUCAUGUUGCGAAACAAAUUCUUGGUGUUACAAAAGAUAAUGCUGAAAGAAGAGAGGAAGAGAUUUACAGGAAUGCUAAUGAUGCCUUUAGUGCUUUAUCAACUAGAUUAGGGGAGCAAGCCUAUUUCUUUGAUAACAGGCCAACAAGUUUGGAUGCAGUUUUCCUCGGGCAUGCACUUUUUACACUGUAUGCAUUACCAGAAAAUUCAAUGCUCCGAAGCAAGCUCUUGGAACAUGAUAAUCUUGUAAGAUACACUGAGAAGCAUAAACUUGAAUUGGUAGAUUCUAGUGCAUCAUCAUCUUCUGGCACACAAUCCCAGAGUGAUCCUUCAUCAGUGCCAAGGCGUCCUUCACAAUGGAGUUCGAAACCCAAAAGCAAACCUAAGAGGGAAAAAACUGAGGAAGAGAAAAAGUUUCGUAGAAGAGCUAAAUAUUUUCUGGUCACUCAACUGAUUGCAGUUUUAGUUUUCCUCUCUCUCCUUGGAGGAUCUGGUGAUGCUGAAGUGGAGCUUGAUGAAGAUGACUAUGAAUGAGCAGUGCGCGUCUUGAUUUUCAUUUUUGAGUCCAGUUAAGAGUAGUUUAGGCUCUUGAUGCACGUUGAGCAACUUCCCUCGUGUUAUAGUCUGGAAAAUUUUGGAAUUCUGCUCGGUGUAUAAAUCCAUGAUUUGUGGAAUCACUGGAAUAAAUCUGAGCUUUUUCCUUUCAUAAAUCCUAGUCUGUCUUGCUCUCUUAAGAAAAAUGGGGCAAGGGACAAAUAUAAGAGAUGAAAAUCACAGUUGCUCUUUAAUUUUUACGAUGUGCUAUGAUUUUUUUCGGACUUAAGUUUGAUGGAUAUUGGAAAAUGGUUGAAGGUCUCUUUUGCAGA